UAAUCAGAUUCUGUAGGAGGAUUGGUUUUGUAGAGAGAGGGAGAGAGAGAUGAGUGCAGCGCAGGUGAUGAAGCGAAUUCCCCGCAUCAAGUUUCCUCAGCGGCAUCCUAAAACCUCUGUUGGGGGGGACUUUAUUGCAAAUGAAAAUACCAUCACUCGAUUUUAUUUCACACUGUUUUCAGUUUGUGCUACUGCCACCUCUAUUCCAUCUUUCCACAUUUGGGCACUUUUCAAUCCUAAAACAAAUGAAGAUUCCACAUCCAAACCUCAAGCAGCAUCUAUGACUGGUGAUGCUCAUCAAACUUCAUCCAAACCUCAAGCAGCAUCUAUGACUGGUGAUGCUCAUCAAACUUCAUUUUCAAGGUCUGCCCAAACGAACAUGACUUUGGGAGGAAAAGCUUCUCUUCAGCCCAAUCGAAGACCUGUCUCUGAAGAAGAGAUUGAGGCUAUUUUGAUGGGUGGGUGUUUCUGAUCUUUUGAUGGAGUUGUGAGAAGGGAGGACAUCAUUCAACAGUUCUUUGGCUUUCAUAUAUAAUUUUUCAUUCCUUUCUCUCGGGAAAUAAAAAAUAAAAACAUUACUCUUCAAACUUGGAGAUUUUAAGAGAAUGAUCAACUAAUUGAUAUCUUUGAUAAACACACCAAAAGUGAAGAAAUGGGAGGCAUGCAUUAGCUUUUCCUUCGCUGACCUAUUUGUUUCGUCGGGAAAAUUUCUCGACCUUUUUUGCUUUGGUUCCGAAUUUCCUGAGCUAUUCUGUUCAAGUUUGUUUUGAGAGGCCGUUGAAGUUUCUCUUUAUUUCAAUUGUGAUUCUAUGCAACUUGGCUCAGGAAAAUAUUGAUGGUAAUUUUGCAUAGAGGAGACAUGAUUUUGCUAAUGUGUUGAUGGUUAUUGCAUGUUGGAACUAAGUUCUGUUGAUUAGAGAAUGUCAGACAUUAUUUCAUGGCUUUUCAGUCCUGUGACUGGUUGUUACA